AUGGAAGUUGAAGAGUAUCGCGUUCACUGUGCGUACAGCGUUCUUGAUCAGCCUCUGCGUGUCGACAUCCCAACUGAGUCUCUCUCUCUAUCUAUCUCUCUCUAUCUCUCUCUCUCUCUCUCUCUCUCUCUGCCCUUCGCGGCGUUGAAUCAAAGAAUUUAUAUCCGUCGUCAUGGUUUGAAAUGGAUAAUAAGUAUGGAAAAUCUCAGAAUAAGUUGCAGUUGGAAAUACUCCAAAAAACAAUGGUGGUUUACUUUUAGUCACACUGGCACUCUUCAACUCACUUCUCUUAACAGUCAAAUUGAAAUCACUACGUCACUAAGUAGUUUCUUUUUUUUUCAUUUUCGUCACUUUCAGGCAAUAAUAUCUUAUGAGAACGACCAAAGGAUAAUUCCGUUUACCGCAAAACCUUUGCCAAACAUUUCUGAGAAUAAUAAGAUGGUCUAUUUCAUCAUUUCGAAUUAUGUGCUUGACACAAUGCUCUUUUCGGCACAUGAAAAUAAUGUUUUCAAAUACACAGUAAACAGAGAAAAUCUUCCAGACGGCAGUCAUGAAUUUUUCCAUACCACAUGUCCUGAUUCAUUUUGCAUUGGUACAAUUCUGCCGCAGUUUGCAGUUACCUUCCCAAACACAACAAUUGAAAUUUACUUUUCAACAUUUGAUCGUCCCCGGACAUAUUUUUACCCAGAUAAGAUUCAAAUGAGCAUUCCCACACAACUUCAAUUUUCUACGCUCCAAUCCAACUUGAAAAAGACCACCGUCUUUAAUGUUUAUUUGAAUGUCUCAACACUAGUGAAGGCUCAAUUCAAAGAAAACAAGUUUUAUUUGUCUAUCGCAAACAUCAGUUUCAUAUUUGGUCAACUUUCGGGGCCUUACGCAGACAAGUUUGAUGUGGCAAAGGUUGAAAAAGGCUUACAAACGAUGUUUAACGAAUUAACACCAUUUAUAAACAGCAUUGGAACCACUGUUAUACCCCUUAUACUUCCCCAGCAGACAUCUAUCUUUAAUCCAGAAUUUCGUAUUGUGAAUGUAAGCAUCAUUUUCAUUUCUGCAUGUUAG